UGGCGGACGUAGCUUCACAAAAUCAAUAUAGAAAAUCUACAGCGCACAACUUAUCCAUAUAGUGUAUGCUGCAUAUUUCUCUUGAUUUUGGGAAGCUAUGCCGCCAUACAGUUGCCAUUGAUCAAAUGUGACCAAGGCAUUAGUUUUCAACUUAGUGUAAUGCUGUCAUUUACAUUGUAAAUGCACAUAUACACUGUAUACAUAUACACUUUGAUACAAAGCAGAUUUGUUCCUAUCAAAUCUAAAAAAAAACAUUCUUCUGCCAUCAUAGAUGUCUCUUCAUUACAUAUAGUAACGCUUGUACAAUUGUUAGCUCUAUUAAUAAAUCACCAAAUGACAUUAAUAGUAAAAUCUUGCAUUAACCUUAGAGGGGGGAUAUCCUCUGUAACCCACACACCCCCUCUGGCAACCUCCCCCAUCCAAACUUAUUGGAUACAGACUCAUUGGAUGCUACUUAUAUUCCAGGCCCAUUUCUGAUAUCUAAACACAUCAAAAAUUCCCACCAAAUCACCAAAUCGUAUAUUAAUGGUAAAAUUAUCAGGAGAGAAGGGCAUCCCCCGGCAAAACAUUGUUUAAAUAUUAAUUAAUGAAAUAUGAAUUACAUAAGUUAAUAAUUGGCUAGAACUGAUAGCAUAUCAUGGUUUAGAUUCAAAGUGCCUUUUGCUGCACACCUGAGUUAUCUACUCUCAUAAAUUAUUUUGAUACCUAAAAGGUGUCUAACUUAUGUACAUGUAUUUUGUGUUUUAAGAUAUUUCAUGCUCUCGAGGCCGCAUCAAAAAGAAAAUAAUUAUGUUAAACUAUUUGAACUAUAUUUUAAAAUUCACAUAAUGUUAAACAAUGAAUUAAUUUCACAAGAUUCCUGUAUAGAAUGCACUUUCAAAUGGUAAUGAUGUGAAUCUUCAUAAGAGGUGUACUUAUACAUCCAACUAGCAAAUAUAUAGAUAACAUGUACAUCUGUCUACUACAGAUAUACUUUGGAAAUGAACAAUAUGGCAACAAUACAAUAUAUUAUUGAAAUAUUAAGUUUUUUGUUGUGAUUGACAGAGGAUGAAGUUUUGAACAUGAGGCAGAUAUCAUUGACUGUUAUAAGAUUAUUUGUCUUCAUAUUAACUGCAAGUUUUAUUCUUUUACUGACAAAAAUGAAUUCAGGAAAUGUGGAUUAUCAUGAAUUGACUGAAGUGCAGUUUGAACGAGAAUUACAAAAAUGUGUAGUAGAUUCUUAUAUCCUGGAGGAUAUGGGCAACAAUAAACUUUCAGCUGAUUCAGCAGUUUUCAGGGAAAAAGCUGGCAGCGUCAAUCCUUCAACUUAUAACUUGACAAUAGCUGAUGUAGAUUCUUCAGAGGCAGGAUUAGGAAACCUGAUGUUCAUGUACGCGUCAAUGUAUGGCUUAGCUCUAACAAAUAAUAGGACCCCAGUACUGAAAACAAACCAUAGAUUAUUGAAAUAUUUCACUUUAAAAGUGAUCAAGGUCACAAAUGAGGAUAUUGACAGUUCCAGACUUGAGUACACCAAAGUUAUGGUACCAUGUUGUGCUAAAUAUUUCCCAAAUCUUUGUAAUUUGAGUCCUGGAAACCAUCAAAUCUCAGGCUAUUUACAAUCUUGGAAAUAUUUUGAUUUUGUGAAACCUGAUAUUCUUGAACAGUUUCAAUUUGAUUUGAAGACAUCUCAGUUGGCUAAAGAAUUUAUUUCUGAAAUUAAGAAAGGAUUGUCUGGUCAAAUUACUCUCAUAGGAGUCCAUGUUCGAAGAGGCGACAUGAUCUCAAAAAAGAACAUUGAUUUUGGUCAUCAGGUUGCAACAACAGAAUAUCUGAAAAACGCAAUGCUUUAUUUCAAGCAAAAGUAUCCAAAACUUGCAUUUGUAAUAUUAACAUCAAAUGACGACCUCUCAUGGACGAAACAAAACAUCAACCUUACUGAAGAUAUAUACUUCUCUGAAAACCAUUCGGAGAUAGAAGAUCUGGCGAUUUUGACACAUUGUAAUCACACCAUCAUAACAACAGGGACAUUUGGAUGGUGGGGAGGAUAUUUAACAGGGGGGACCACAGUGUACUUUAGGGACUGGCCCAGAGCCGGGAGUCCCCUUGACAAGGGGACAAACCAUACUGAAUAUUUUCCAAAGAGUUG